UUGUGAUUGGUCAAGAGCUCCGAAUGACAACACCUGCUUUACUCCUUCAUUCAAACUGACACCAGAGCUUUGGAAAUAUAGGCAGCAUCUCUUACAGUCCUAGUCACUUUUCAGCACUACAUUGCACAGCGACUAUUUCACGGCUGGCUAAUGUAAGCAGUGGUAAAUUAAAACAAGGCAAAAAAAAAAAAAAAAAAAAAAGAUCUUUUAAAAAAUCUACUAGUUUAUAUCUAAACUAUGCAAGCAGAAAUGUUGGUUACAUUAGCAACAGUCCUGCUGACUUUCACGGUCAUUGAUCAGGUGGCGGGGGUGGAUGUUACAGAUCUUCCAGAUAACCAGCAAGACAGGGAAAAACUCUCCAGCCAGCAAAAAGGACGCCUUUCUCUGCAGAAUACAGCUGAGAUACAGCACUGCCUGGUCAGUGCUGGCGACGUUGGAUGUGGCGUUUUUGAGUGUUUUGAAAACAACUCCUGUGAAAUCCAAGGGCUGCAUGAGAUAUGCAUGAAUUUUCUCCACAGUGCAGGAAAGUUUGAUGCACAGGGUAAGUCAUUCAUCAAAGAUGCGCUCAGAUGCAUGGCUCAUGGUCUGAGACAAAAAUUUAGCUGCAUCAGCCGCAAGUGCCUGGCCAUCAAGGAGAUGGUGGUUCAGCUGCAGAGAGAGUGCUACCUCAAGCAUAACCUGUGCUCUGCAGCGAAGGAGAACGUCAUUGUCAUGGUCGAGAUGAUCCGCUUUCAAGACCUGAUUCUGAAGGGGCCAUACGUGGAGCUGGUGAACAUCCUGCUGAGCUGUGGCGAGGAGGUGAAGGAGGCCAUCACCCGGAGUGUGCGUGUCCAGUGUGAGCAGAACUGGGGCGCUCUGUGUGACAGCUUGGGCUUCUGUGCAUUCAGCAAGCAGGGAGAGCAGGCUGCAGCAACCCGGGCCCCGGAGAAGAGGCACGGAGAAGGCAGCAGUAAGGGUGGCAGUAGAGACCCCACUGACCCGAGCCGUCAGCACCCUGAACCUGAGCGAGACCACACCAGAACCUCCAGAGGAGACAAAGAGAAAGGCAGCAAGGUCCACCUGAACGCUCACACGCGGGUUCGGUCCAGCAGUCAGAGUUCAAGACGUCUCAGCGGGGAAACCGACAUCGCAGAUGAAGAAGACCCUUUAACGACAGACAUCAGGAGGUGAAGGACAAAGACGCCGAUUCCACCAGAACUUUUCAACAUUUUUUUUUUUUUUUUUUU